CGGACGCGAGAGGACUGCUCCACACUCACCUCCUCUGCGGGAUAUUCUUCCAACCAGUGGCUUCUUUCGUGAUUCACUUAACGUUCGCGGAUAACGGAUUAUGUGGAAAAGGAUGUCAUUUUUCCAGCUUUAGAGACACUUUGGGUACGACACGGAGGACACGCGUUCCAUUUGGAUUAUUUUGUGUUCUGAGUUUGUCGCCAUGCAUCGCUGCUCGUAGAUGCGAUUCAAACCCCGUGGCUUUGAAUCCAGAUGAGAGAUCUCCCCUGCGGAUCUGAAGCAGCUGACGCGCUUUUCCGCAGCCUGUCCCCGGAGCGCAGCGCUGAACCAGAGCGGACCGGACCGUGCCUGUCUGCCUCCGCGCCUCCGCUCUCACCCUCGGACCCGUCCCGUCAGGCCAAAAGGUUACCCAUUCGGAUCGUAAAGAUGUUGACGGCGCACAGCGGCCACUUGCUGCACCCGGAGUACCUCCAACCUCUCACGUCCGCGCCCGUCAGUAUAGAAUUGGAUGCCAAGAAGAGUCCUCUGGCUCUGCUGGCUCAGACCUGCUCUCAGAUUGGCAAACCCGACCCUCCGUCCUCGUCCAAACUGUCCUCUCUGUCCUCGGGCAGCCUGGGAGACAAGGAGUCUUCCAGCCGCUCCAAGAGCGGAGAGCAGCACCACUCUCCGGAGGACAAGUCCAGCUUUAAGCCUUACUCCAAAUCCUCGGGCGAGUCUCGGAAGGAUGUCAUAGUGACAAAGAGCUCUUCUGAGAAGUCCUUCAGGCUCCCAAACGGCAGCAACAACAGCAGCUCUGCUUCAUGUCCUUCCUUCCCUCCUCACGCCCGCUCCCCUGGCUCUCACUCUCCCCCUCUGCACGUCCAGAGCCUCAGACAGAGCCAGUCCCCCGCUGCCCGCUCCCCCACACACCCCCAGAGCCAGCACUCUGACCGGACGCCUCCCAGCUCAGAGCAGCCCGCUUCGGACUCUUCCAACAGCAGUGGGGGCAAGAAGGACUCAGACACCUCCAAGUCAGGACUAGACGGAGCGCAGCUGGCCAACUCUAGCCAUGUCCGAGCCAGUGCUAACUCCAGCAACGCUAGCUCCGCUAGCAGCCCCCGCCCCGAGAGCAAGUCUGACCCACAGGCCUCCUCUCAGCCUGGGCUUGGCUCAGGACACAUCGCCCCUGUCUCCCCCUUCAAACCCGGACACUCGGUCUUCCCCUUGCCCCCGGCGUCUAUGGGCUACCACGGCUCUGUUAUAGGGGCCUACGCUGGCUAUCCUUCUCAAUUUGUCCCAAGUUUGGACCCUACCAAGUCUAGUUUGGGCUUAGGACUUCCUGGAAAACACCCCAGCUCCAGUCCACUAACAGGCGCAUCCCCUCCCUCCCUAAUGCAGGGUCUGUGCCGGGACCCUUACUGCCUCACCUACCCCAACGGCCAUCAUUUAGGCGGCAGUAACUGUAACUCUUGUGUUCACGACCCUUCCUCCAUGAAAUCCAGCUUCCCUCUGGUCUACCCCUCGCACCAUUUGCACUCCCUCCACUCCGGCGCCCUGUCCUCCAGCAGCACCCCGGGGUCCCUCUCCCACCCGCUCUACACCUACGGCUUCAUGCUGCCCAACGACCCCCUGCCCCACGCCUGUAACUGGGUGUCCGUGGGCGGGCCGUGUGACAAGCGUUUUGCCACGUCUGAGGAGUUGCUAGCUCACUUGCGCACCCACACGGCGCUUCCCGGAAUGGUGGACAGUAAAAUGUUGUCAGCGUAUCCGUCUUCGGUGUCAUCUUCCGCUUCUUGUCACCUCCACUUGCCCCCGCCGAGCAGCCCGGGCACCCUCCCCAGCUCCUUCUCCUUACGUGGGUCUCCUGGACUUGGCUUGGCGCGCUACCACCCCUACAGCAAGUCCCAUCUACCCGCCCCAGGACUGCCAAUGCCCUCCAUCCCCUCCUCCUCACCAUACUACUCCCCGUACGCGUUGUAUUCGCAGAGACUCGGUUCGGCGUCCGCGUUGGGAUACCAGUGAUGCUGAUGCUAUUCUCACGUCCGCAGUGACUGUUUUCGGACUAUCCCGGAGGCUCUUGGGAACAGGGGUCAGCGUGCCGGAGGUCUGCCCGCUCGGAGUAGCACCUGUUGGGAUCAGGACUGGGACAAAGGAGGCAGUGAUGGAUGGUGAGCAGCACAAUAAGAAAGACUUGAAAGACUAAAGAGCUUGAAAGUGACACAAUGUGGCUUUAUCACAGCAAGUCUUCAUUUUGUUUUUUGUCUCCCAGAAAUGAAAAAUCUGUAUUUAUUUUUUACGCAAGCGCUUGGUUUUCAACUCUGGGGGAUUUUUUGUGUUUAUUUUCAGACUAAAAUUGUUAAAACAUAACAAUUUUAAAUGACAACUCUGCCUACCAUACAAGAAUAAAAACCUUGCUCCAUGCCAAAUAUGGACUGGUUUCAUUUGACGAGUUUCACGCUUUUUUCGAUUUACAUAAUUUUUUCUCUAUGCUAAGGCUAACUCUGAGAUGCAUGUAAACUACAACGCCAUUGUUUUUAUUUGUAUAUAUGCAAAGAUGUAAUAUUUUUCCAAGCUCAUUUUUUGGGGGUCGGGGGUCAACAAAAAGAAAUGGUACAAAGAUACAAAAAGUAUGAUAUAAAUAAAAUUAAUGAUGGCUGUGCUAUCUGAUAAGAACAAAUAUUAUUUUAUUAAAUAAACGUUACAAUUUACAAUGCAA